AUGGACCUCUCUUCCCGCAAAGUAGAGGCCAUAUCCGGGCUAAGUGCCGGGUUUAUCACCACGAUAGUCAUGCAUCCCUUGGACCUUAUCAAAGUACGAUUACAACUUUCUUCACAAACAACAUCAAAACCAUUUGCACUUGUCAGAAGCAUCAUCCACAAAAUACGACAAGAUGCACUUAUAGAAGCACAUCCAGAAAACAGCGCAAAAAAGCCAAAGUCCAGCCUAUUGUUGCGUCAAUUGUAUCGAGGCAUAGGUCCCAAUCUUGCAGGAAACCUAACAGCAUGGUCACUUUACUUUCUGUUGUACGCAGAGUUCAAGCUGCAUUUGUCAGAAAACUCCCUACUCCCACAAUCCACAUUUCACUAUUUGGGAGCAUCAUCAAUGGCAGGAAUCACUACGUCGUUAUUAACCAAUCCACUCUGGGUUCUUAAAACUCGAAUUCUUGGCAAGUCUAGAUACGAAUCUGGGGCAUACCAGUCGGUGAUGGAAGCGGUGACAAAAAUGCUCAAAAAUGAAGGUGUAUCCAGUUUCUGGAAAGGAUCUGUUCCUUCUAUGUUUGCCGUAGCACAGGGAAGUCUUCAGUUUACAUUUUAUGACCGAAUCAAAGACAUGCAUCGAACCAACCAAGAAGUACCGUCUCAACUUUCCACCUUUCAAUACGUUUACGCCUCUGCAGCGUCCAAGGUCAUGAGUAUGUUGAUCAUGUAUCCUACACAAGUGAUACGGUCUCGUCUUCAGGAUUAUAAUCCGCAUCAUGAACGUCGGACAAUCUCAACCAUAUGCAAGAAGAUAUACCAUGAGACAGGAUGGGUAGGAUUCUACAGGGGAAUCAGUGCCAAUAUGCUCCGGGUAGUUCCCGCCACCUGCAUUACGUUUGUCAGCUACGAGGGCGUAAAAGCGGCAUUACAGAAAAAGAGAUUCAACUAA